AAAAAAAGAUAGGGAAAGAGUCGGAAACUAUCAGCGCCUCUACCAGCCGCGCCGUUUUACCCUCCAAAAACUCUCGUCGGUCCUCCCUAUUCCCCGAAGGCCGAACACCCCAAAUUCAGAAAAAAAGACAUUCAUGAUAAACUGAGAUCCAAAAUUCGAUUUCAAAAUGGCCAACAAGAACCCUAUUCCUCUCAAUUCCUCUUCUGCUUUUGUGGUAUUCAUAAUUUGCUCUCUCUUUUUAUCUUCUACAGUCCUCGCCAAGUCUCGACGCCCUAUCUCUGACACUGAGGUCAGGCAGAAGAAGAACGAGUGCUAUGCUGAUGUUGAGAGCGGAUUGUGGGGUUGGCAAUGCAAGUCUUCAAUGAUAGCCAAGGAGAAUUGUGCGCUGCGAUGCCUUUCUACGCCUUGUUAUGAGCUCAUUUAUGCAAGCGAUCCGCUCGAGGAAGGAGAGAAAGAUCUUUUUAGGAGCCAGGAGUUCAAGUUCUGCAUGCACAAGCUAUCAAUGGGAGAGAGCCUUGAGGGCAUCAAGGGUUCCUUUGACUAUUGAAUGCGGUAAUUGACAGUAUUGUAUUGUGACAUGCUGCAUAUUCAUUGCCCUUUCAUCUGAAAUUGCUUCCUUCUCCCCUCCACAAUCGCCAAGUGAAAAAAGAAAAAAGCUCAAAUACUAUUGAGUUGUUAAUCUCUUCAAGUGCUCGUAUUUUGAUGAGUCUAGUUCUUGGGAUGUUUUAUCACAGUGGCUAGGGAGUACUUCUUGGAUUAUUUAUUUAAGUAGGUCUAAUCAAGGCUUAGUUCAUGUUUACAAGCCUUGGCAUAUGGCUGACCAUGUCCUGCCUGGGUGCACAUUCUGGAAGAAUAGUUCUGUGACAGUUGGGUAUUGUCUGUGUUAAGAAAAUAACAAAAGAAGUAAAAGCACUCUGACAUUUGCAUGUAAUUUGGCAAAUAAUUUCGUUUGGUGAUGUUGUGGUCCA